UUCCUUCUAGUUUUUCUGAGUCACUUAUCAUGGCAACCAAUCGCGGCAAUUAUGUUAUUUACCCGGGCAAAACAAACUAAAUACAUGUCCAGCUAGCUAGCUAGCUAAUUUGGCUAGUACUUCUACUCAAAUAUAAGCCUAUGGACAAAUAUCAAGAACAAGCUACGUGGUCCACAAUGAUGUCAUCCGGUGAUUUGAAAGGAUGUCUUCGGAAGCUGGAUUCUCAACUACGGGCACUGAAGUACCCAAGAGAGGUCGACUAUAAUGGCUUGGCCAAAGGGGAUCCUUCUGCCUUUCUCCCCAUAGUGAGUUAUGCAUUCAUCUCCUAUUCACCACACCUUGCUGAACACCUGGUGGUCUUCGGAGUGGAACUCACUGGGAAGAACGACCUACGUUUUAUCGACUGCAUCUACAAGGUACUGCGGGAUCUCUUCCACUACAAACCCGUCCUGACCAAGCAGCAGUUCCUCCAGUUUGGCUAUGCAGAAAGAAAGACCUGCAUCCUCUGUGAUGUCAUCGCCUUGGCCCUGCAGAAACACAAAGAGCUCAGCAAAGGCAACAAGCCAAAGCCGAGACCUCGUUUUCAGGCCUCGAGUUCAGACUCCAAAAGUGAGGCGCUCCCAUUUCAGGCUGAAUCAAUGAACCCCAUGGCCACCACAUUGUCCCUAAGCAGGCCACUAGUGGAGAGACACAUUGGUGGUGACUCCUGGGUCUCCUCUAGUAGAACCUCAGAUAAUGAAGAGUCUGAGGAAAAGGAGGAGGGGCUGGGACUGGAGGAGGUCCAGAACCAAGCACCUACAGUCCCUCAAACAGACCUGGUGGUGGAGGGGAGGCUGGCAGAGCUGGAGGCCCAGCUGCUGCAGGUCCAGACCAGGCUGGGGAGGCUCUCGGCCCUGGAGCAGAGGCUGGAGCUUCUAGAGAAGGCCUCGGCCGGGAGGAUCACUAUAGACAAGCACCAGUGGGAGAACCUGGAGAGCAGAGUGCUACUGCUGGAGACCAGACUGACCCUCGCCACGGCCCAGGAGUCGUCACUUAUCAAUGGAGGUUGGAGUCAUCACAUGGUGGAUAAUGCAACAGAAGUCACGGAGUCAAGACCCAGUCCUCCAGAGAGCCUCCUACACAACUCUGGCUGUGAGCGUCCUCAGUCCUCCACCCCUUCUGCUAGCUAUCCCAUCAGCCCCUGUGUGACAACGGCACCCCCAGAGGAGAAUAUGAAAGAGAGAUUGGAAAGGAUAACCAACAUGAUGAAAGACACUUCCAACCUUUUAAGAAGUAUAGAUCCCUCAAUGUAAAUUCGGUCUUUAAAAAAAAAAUGUAUUUUUGUAAUUGAUCUCUGGAUUACUAUGUGAGUGAUGAAUAAAGCUAUCAUGGAUAAA